CUCUUCUCCCACAGACUUGCGGCCUGAAGUGAAGGUCAGGCGAGGUCACGACCCCACAUACUGUUACACCGGCCUGAAAGUGGACGAACAGCUUCCUUGGUGGCGAAUGUGGUGUUACCACACUAGGUUCCUCAUGCAAGAGCUUCACCUCCACCAUGAGAGACACCAGACUCUUGUUCUGCAUUAAACACUUUGGGGUGCCGUAAUGUCGAUGGGCUGGGGAGGUAUGGUGGUGGGUCCAGGAUGGUGGGGAGGAGGGGGUGGCAACAAGAGCGCGGUUCAACUGUUGCAAGAGAGUAAGUCACGCUAUGUCAAAAGUGACCAGGUGCUUGGCAACCGACAAGCACCAGCUCGACCUGAUCACCUGCAGAUCUCCUCCAACCCAAAUAUCUUCUUAAGUGCACCUUCACAUACGCUUCAUGUUUCAAGACCUUCCCCUGCACCUGAGCGACGCCAUGCCCUCGCAGACCACAACAGUGUAGCUAAUAUACGUGGUCAUGCACCUACAGGCCUCUCUCCCCCACGCCCGCAACCAGGUGCUGGUCCUGCCUCUUUAGGAGUGCAACCUCCUCCCCUGCCAGCUCGAUCACCUAGAAUCACACCUCGACCUAAGGUGCGAUUGCAUGGGGAUCCUCAGACUGGCCGCGCAGGAGGGGAUUUAAGGAGAUCUCUCUCUCAUGGCCCUGGUGAUAGAGGCGAUGAUGUGCAGAUGAAGUUACGUCGCCUUCUCAACACAGACUCGCGAGAAAACUUGGCAGCAAUACUUACGACUCCUGACAGUAAAGAUGGGAAAGCCAAAAUACCACCACCUCCACCAAGAAGGAAUAUUAAGAGUUCUCCAUCAGGGACAUUCCGUGCUGAGCCUGCAACUGUAACGACGCACAAAUCUCUGCCAGAUCUGGCUCGUGCCUCUUCCCCAGCAGGUGAGACCGAUUCAGAAUGUGGCACAAGUGGCCGGAGGAGGCCGUCGUGCCCAGAAGCCCUGACCUCGUCCAACACCCCACCAGAGCCGCCCCCUCGUCCGCCUCGAAUGUUUCGGGAUCCUCCUCCUCCUCCGCCACAGCGUUCUCCUGACAGGCCUCCAGCUAGACCCCCACCGCCAAGAGACCAAAAAGAUUCUUCCGUAAAUUUAUUACGGGCCGGUGCCACUGGAGGACCCUUACUCGCAGCUGAUGGGCGGCGAUCUUCAGAUAGCGAUAUAUCUGGUUAUGGUGGAACAGGUAAUGGGGUCGGGACUAGUGAAGAAGGACGGAGGCGACCGAUCCUCAGAUCAAGGUCCGAUGUUACUCAUGAGCGAGGGCGUUGGGAGGAAGAUGUACGACCAAUGCUAGCCCCAUUAGACCUAGAGGCAUUCUUCGAGUCCAUGGGCUUAGAUUCCGUUACUCGGCAGCAUCUAACAUCCCCACCAUCCUCACCCCACUCCUCACCAGUAUACUUUGAGGAAGUGUCGUCAGAAGAAUCGGGUCCAACUGGGGGACGGAGAGGUAGCUCAGACUCUGAUGAUGGGCGAGCUGCACCAGGCCCCGGUCCUGGCCCUCCUCUGCCUCUUCGUGGGACUGGUGAACCUUCCAUAGUAGAGAAGAAUGCACGUAUUAUCAAGUGGCUGUUCAACUGCCAAAAGGCACAGGGCACUUACGUCUCACGAGUUGCUUCCACCAAAAGCUAACCACAUGCCUGCCCACAGUGUUUUACUAGUCUGUAGCCAUAACUUGCUGUGUUGCCUGAGAAAGUGUGGAGAGAUGUUCGGCAGGCGAGUUUGAACCCUCCCUCUUCUCUUUCACGGGUUAUGUUUGGCUGCUUUUCUGUGAUAAUCCGAGUGACACCUCAUAGCUCAGCACAGUCUGCUAUUUUAAUUGUCCAAUAAGAAUCUACCCUACUACUAAGGUAUCCCAUGAGACGAUGAUGAAUGUUGGAUGUUUAAGUGUUGUUGUUUUAGAGAGUUUGUUAUUGGCUUUGGUUGAUAAGGCGUUUCCUCAAGGACUUUUUUUUUUAGUUGAUAGAAAAAUAAGACUUGUGGAAAUUAUUGAUUUUAUUUAUGCAAACAACAACACCAUUAUAAAAGUUUACAUCAGCCUAUUCAUCUGGUGCUGAUUACAUCAUAAUAAAUCACAUACUCUUUACUGCUAUGUGAAUUAAUUGUCUAAUAUGAUAGCAACAGACUUUGUUUAUGAUUUUUUUUCUAUUUCACAUUGGAAAAGUAUUUUGAUAUUGAUACAUGUGCAAUAACCAUAUGUGAGCCAGAAGUUUAUUUAAAGGCACAAGCCUUUUCUUUAUACAAUGUAAUGUAAAAGUGGAAGGUGUUAUAGAAGAAAUGUAAUUAUUGUAGUGAGCACUUAAUAGUACUUUAACAAACAUUCACUGCCUCAUGCCUUCAUUUAUCCUAUAAUAAAUAUAUAUUUAUUAAACCUAUGGCUUUAGGGCUGGGAAGCACAAAUGCUUGACCACAGAGAGUGAAUGGAACAUCUGGGAAAGUGAAAAUUAUCUGAUAUGUGAUUGCUCAUGGUAGAGGGUCAUGAAAUGUGUUUCCAGUGAUAAUGACAUUUUUGCAUCACUUACUUUGAAAGCUUGAUAUCUUAAUUAAAAAUCACAGUUUCGAGAGUAAUCUCAUGGCAAGUGUUUACAUAGAUAUUAAAUUUAAAAUCUGUAAAUGUGUUCUGUAAUAGGAUACAAAAAUAUCAUGAAGUAAAGUUUGUGAAAAAGAUAUUUCUUGAUCAUCUAAGAAGAAUAUCAAGAUUUCAAUGCACACUUUUUUUUUCAAGUAAAACCCCAAUGCCAAUAACGACUCUCUACUCUGUGUUUGUGAGCAUUGCUCAAGAAUUUAGUGAUCAUUCUCUUGGUUACUCUUGAAGGGACUGUGUUGUACCUGAACAUGCCUGGGACCGGUGCUUCUUGAGAUGCAUCUAGUCAGGGGCCCAAUUACUGUAGUACUUGGCACCUUCACCCUAGAGGCGUACCAAAUCUUACUGACGGGUACAUAUUCUAAUGUGGAGAAUGCAGCAGGCAGAAAUUUGGGGAAGUACGCAUAGAGUGCAUCAGUUAUGUAAUUACUCAAUUAAGAGGUUUUAGCUGUUCAAGGAGGAUAACACACAAGAACUUCCCAGAGAGGAAACCAGUAUUGUUGGUCUUUUUAAUAUGGUUUUUGCAUAGUUAAUGCAAAAGAGAAACUACACGUGUGAGCAUGAAUUUCAGCAGUAGGUCUUCCUGUGCUUUAUACAUGAUAUUAGUUUGCAAUAGAUGGAGCAAAAACUGGAAGUUAGGUUGUUGUUUGUUAACAAGAGUGUAUGGCUUGCUCGUAAAACCUACAUUCAUUCUUUAUUGUCCUCUUUUAUUGGAAUAGAAGCAGUAAUCAUUGAGGUAAACACCUUUCCAACAUUAUAAAUGGACGUCUUUUCCAAAACCUUUGACGAAAGAUUUGAUAUUAACUAUAAUGAUCUGCAUUAUGCUUAAAUUAAAUGUUGAGAAAACUAUGCCACAGUCAUUAGACAGAUUCAUCAUAUAGAGAAUGAUAUUUGGUUGCCAACUUGUUUGAGAAAUAUCCAUUAAUUAUAAAGAGUAGCAUUGCAUGUAGGUAGGAUGUAGAACAUUAUGUAGUCCAUAACAAUGUUGGUAUUAAUGUUUAGGAACAUUGCAGACCCUCAAUUAAGUUCAUAAUAUCUGUAAGAAAUAGGUAACAAGAUUGACAAAUCAUAUUUGUGAAGGAGUAACUUGUUUUUAGAAGUUAACAGAUUUGGAAUGAUUAUAAUUCGGAGUAUGUCUUUGAUGUAUGCAGGUCACAAGGUGAUAUUUUCUCCCCUCUUUUGAGUUACACCAAAAGUCUUACAUUACCAGUCAUAAUUAGAAACAAGACCAGAAAAGCCCAAAUUUCAGUACACACUUUUGGAAGGAUACCAAAAAAAGACGAGUAAUUAAUAUUCGUGUUGUAGAAAGCAUUACCUAGUAUAACUCCGUGCAUAUUUUUGUAAUAGGACCAAAUCUAUUAGUUUUUCAUGGACUUGAGAAUCUAAGUAAUAAACCAAUAAAUUCUUAACAGUGAAUUUAGAAAAUUGGAAUGAAUUCAAUAAUGGUAGCUCUUGAACAAAGUGCCAGUUCAAAAGGAAGCAAGUACUAAGAAGCUCAAUCUUUUUUAAUAAUUUCUGUCAACAAUGUCUCUUAUCAAAAACCCUUUUCAAAAAUUUGAGUUAUUGGCAUCUUUAUAAUGCACACUCUCACCUUGAUACGGUGUCACAUGCUUAAUGUCUUGCAUUUGGUGUUACUGCUACUUUGAAUCCCUUUUGUACUGCUUAUCAUAGUUGGUGCACUAGAGGUCAUCAGCAUCAUAUGGAUUAUAUGUGGCUGUUUCUCUUCAUAUGAAAAGUUCGGAAAGAAAUAUAAAGCUUCUGACCUGUACGUUUAAUGAAAGCAUUUCUGCAUAUUGUUUCAGGCUCUGGAUUCUUUGCAGUGUACUGAAAGGUUAUUUACAAUCAAAUGGGUAUUCAUUUUAAAAAGUAAUUUAGUGACAUAGGGUAUAGUAAUAUCAUACACUAUCUGAUAUUGAAAAGUAUGUCAUCUGUUUUUGCAUUGCAAAUGUACCUAGUAUUUGAGCUUUAUUAGUUAUAACUGAAAUGACCAUACAACUUAAAAGAUUAAAAACCAAUUUAAAGGUAUUGCUCUCCUUAAGGUUACAUGUUGAAGACACUGCAAACUCUUGUAGCCUGUCUUACCUGCAGAUCUGUUCUAGAUUUUUAACUUUUGUAUGUAGAAGGUCCUCACAACUCUGCAUUGCUUUUAGAUGUUAAAUACAAAAAGGAACAUGUUAGAUGAAUUUCAAGUUCAGUUCUGCGGUAGUAGUGGCAGAUGUUUGCUCUUUAAGUGUAAUUGAGUUGAAAGCAGAAUAUCAAAAGUGCAUAUUAAAAAAAGGGUUAGAUGAAAACAUGAAAAUAGCAAAAUCAAAUGUUGCAAAACAUCUGUUGAUUAUUCUUAGGAAAGAAAUAGAUUUUUUGAUAUUUAGUUGAAACUACAAUAACAUCUAGUCAAAAAAGGAGGAAGAAUCUGCUAUGAUUAUGAAGGUAAAUGGGAAUUCAGGUUCUUAAUUUGUAGGUAAUACUAUCGUUGAAUAAUAAAGCCAAGGCUGGUACUGACCAAUUACAUCUUAGGAACUAUUUCUAUAUGGUUGAUUUAGACUGCGUUUGCACAGGCUUUUGAAGAAAGAAUUGGGAGGUUGGGAGUCGCACCCUGCUACCAGUCAUCUUACAUGAUUACUGCCAGUUCUACUAGUGCUAUAGAACAGAAUGUUUGAGUAAUAUAUCUGCUGGAAGUGGUGAUAGGAGCUUAGUGUAGAUCAGUGAUACCCCAGCUUUAAAAGUUGUGUAGGAGUCAUAAAGAUACUAGGUAGCAAUGCAGAGUAAUAAUGUUGCAAUAAAAAUCCUCUCCAUAUUUGCAAAAAACGAUUACUUUUUACUGAUACUUUUACUAAGUAAUGUCAUUUUCAAACUACCACUUGUAAUUAUUUACAGAAGUAAUAGUAUUAUAUUUAUACAUUAUACAUUGAAUAUUUAAGGCCCAUUCUUGCCUAAGUUCAUGUACUCUGCAAGCAGUUAUAGGGAACGUAGUAAUAAUUGUGUCAGAAUUUAAGUAUGGUGAAUAAUAUUUUCAUGUUUAAAGUAAGUAACAGUUUUGUGUAACUAAGGCAUUGAUUGUGACUUUUUUUUUAUAUAUAUAUAUAACUUAUCACCAAUGAAAACAAUUCCAUCACAGUAUAUGCAAUGGAAGUUAUAAGAAACAUGGUAUGAGUGAUCCAUCGGGAGAAUAAGAGGAAUGAAAGCUUUGAACGUUCAAGAUUUACCUUCAGAAUUCGAGUACUCUUUCUUUUUGACUGUAUAUUUCCUUAGUCAUAAUGGAAUACAUUAAAUAUCUAUAGAAAAUUGUAUAUAUAUGGUACAGGUGAUAAGUGAAGUCCAAGAACAAGGAACUGUAGGUGAUUUUAUAGGUAUUGGCUCAGGGUGCUCAAAAAAGUUAAGAAUGAAAUAGUGCAUAUAUCAAAAGACAUGUGUAGUUUUGUGUAUAUAUAUAUCUUAUUGUAUUCUGCAUAUUGCCCCCAUUAUAUAACAGAACAUUCCCCACAUACUGGGCAUAUUUUUAUUAUGGAAAUAUUUGUAUAAUGCACUUUGUCAUAACACCAGUAAAUUUGCUCUUUGGCAUUAAAAGAUGGUCUGAGAUAUGUAUUUGCUGUUUUUUUUUAUUGUUAUUUCAAAUGCAUGAGAGAUAAAGCAUUAGCAAAAAAGUGAUAUUAUUACAUUGUUUUAAUAAUUCAAGCUUUGUAAAUGUGACAGUUUGGCACAUAGCUAUCAAGAAAUGCAGUUUCUUAAAAUAUCUACAAAAAUACCUUGGGUAGAUGAUAUGUGAUUCACAUUAUAUAUAUUUUUUGUAUAUAUAUCAUUAUCUGCACAUUGCCCUUGAUAUAUCUUGAAUAUGAUAUUGUGAGAGUUGAUUGUUGUAGUAUCUUAACACUGUAGAAUAAUAACCAAUCAGUAUUUAAGUAUUUGUAUUAAUGUGUUUAUAUUGACUUUUACAGUGAAUUUAUAUUAUGUAUGAUGUCUUAAAUAGAUCUGAAAAAAUCUAAA